AUAUGUUGUCUAACCUUAUAGCUAAAUAUUCACAGUAUUUUAGUAACGGGUAUUGUUGCAAACUAAUUGUCAUGUCUUCGGAACGUUAUAGUUUUUCGUUAACUACUUUCAGCCCAUCUGGAAAGUUAGUGCAGAUUGAAUAUGCUUUGGCUGCUGUUGCUGCUGGAGCAGCUAGUGUUGGUAUCAAAGCCUCCAAUGGAAUUGUUCUUGCAACUGAAAACAAGCACAAGUCUAUAUUAUACGAUGAACACAGUGUGAAGAAAGUAGAAAGCAUCACAAAACAUAUUGGAAUGAUCUACAGUGGGAUGGGUCCAGAUUAUAGAUUAUUAGUAAAACAGGCUCGUAAAAUGGCACAACAGUACCAGCUUAUUUAUCAAGAGACAAUACCAACUGCACAGCUGGUACAACGAGUUGCAAUGCUUAUGCAGGAGUACACACAAUCUGGAGGAGUUAGACCCUUUGGAGUAUCUUUACUAAUUUGUGGCUGGGACAAUGGAAAACCAUGCUUAUAUCAAUGCGACCCUUCCGGUGCAUAUUUCGCGUGGAAAGCUACUGCGAUGGGUAAAAAUUUUGUAAAUGGCAAGGUAUUCCUUGAAAAACGAUAUAGCGAAGAUUUGGAACUAGACGAUGCUGUCCACACUGCCAUUUUAACGCUAAAGGAAGGAUUCGAGGGUCAAAUGACUGCUGAUAAUAUAGAAGUUGGUAUUUGCGAUCCAAACGGUUUCAGAAGAUUGGAUCCUUCCAACGUUAAGGACUACCUUGCUAAUAUUCCCUAAUUUCAAUUUAUUUUUAUAUAAUAUUGCAGUGAUCUUCAAACACUUUACGGCGAAAAAACUAGAUUCUUACAAUAAAACUUUUUGUUUAAAGUAA